AUACUAGGUUUUCUUAAGGAGAGGACAGAAAAUCGUUUACGUUUGCAGUCUUGUAGAAUAUUAUUUUAUUUGUUAAGUAGUUAAGAUUAUAUAUUGUUAUGCAAACUGGAUCGGUGUUCGAUUUUUUAAAGAAGUUUGACGCCUACCCUAAGACGUUAGAAGACUUUAGGAUAAAAACAUUUUAUGGAGCAAUUAUUACAAUAGUUAGUGGAAUAUUCAUGUUUGGUCUCUUUGUAUCCGAACUAAGUUACUACUUGUCGGUGGAGGUCCAUUCGGAAUUGCUUGUCGACGCGACAUUAGAUCAAAAAGUAAAAAUCAAUUUUGAUAUUACCUUUCCAAAAACGGGAUGCGACUAUUUAAGUAUGGACGCUAUAGAUGUAAGUGGUGAACAGCAGUUAGGUGUUGAUCAUGACAUUUAUAAAGAAAGGUUAGAUAGCAGUGGCGCACCGCUAAAUUCGGUACCGGAAAAAGAAGAAAUUGGAAAAACUGUAGAAACUGCUGAAACUACAACCACUCCCCCUCCUAUACUAGAUCCAAAUAGAUGUGAAAGUUGUUACGGCGCUGAGUCUGCCCAAUUUAAAUGUUGCAACACUUGUGAUCAAGUCCGACAAGCGUAUAAGCUAAAAGGUUGGGCUUUAAGUAAUCCACAAUCUAUUGAACAGUGCAAAAGAGAAGGAUUUAGUGAUACGAUAACCGUGACUCAAAAAGAAGGUUGCAGAGUGUACGGUGUGUUAAAAGUAAAUAAGGUCGCUGGAAAUUUUCAUAUUGCUCCCGGAAGAAGUUUUCAACAGCAUCAUGUUCAUGUUCACGAUAUGCAGGGGCUUGCUGGUCAACAGUUCAAUGUUACUCAUCGCAUAAGGCACCUAAGUUUUGGAGAUGAAUAUCCUGGCAUUGUUAACCCUUUGGAUGAAACGGAACAAAUAGCUGAUCAGAGUGCCGUCAUGUUCCAAUAUUACGUAAAAGUUGUACCUACAACUUAUGUUGAAGUGAGUGGUAAAGAAGUAAAAACAAAUCAAUUCUCAGUUACAAAGCAUCGAAAAUUUCCAAAUCUGGGGGAACAAGCCUUACCAGGAGUUUUUAUUAUAUACGAAUUGUCUCCUAUGAUGGUUAAACACACAGAAAAAGCGAGAAGUUUCAUGCAUUUCUUAACCAGUGUUUGUGCAAUAGUUGGAGGUGUCUUUACAGUUGCUGGUCUGUUAGAUUCGGCCGUUUAUAAUUCUGGUAAAAUUAUACACAAAUUUCAAAUAGGUAAAUUGUCAUAACGAUUGAACGAAUCGAUUAGGUAACCUUUCUAUGGAAUAUAAUCGAUACCUAUUUAUUGCGUUUUUUUUUCUAAAAAGCGUCAAAUCGUUGUUCAGUUGUUCCUUGAGUAAAAAGGAAUGAUUAAUCUUUAUUUAUUUAUAUUGUUUAUCGUAUGUGUAAGUUAACAGUCUAAAAGGCAAAAUUAUAGGAUAUAAGGCGGCAGAUGGGAAAAGUAGUUUAGCUAAAGAAAAAAGGGUUUAAGUUUUAAAUCAUAAUAUUUAACUAUAUUAUGAAAGGAAAACUUUAAAAAAUGUAAAAUAAGUUUAUCUCGUUAUUUCAUACAAAUUAUAUUUUAGCAAUAAAGGAGUAAUUAAGCAUUUAAUAUUACGAUAUUAAACUUUAACUUUGUAAAUUAUGUUUUCAAAAAGUUUUCUUAGAUUAAUUAAUUUUUUUUUGUGUUACUUUUUCUAAAUGUUUUCAAGGGAUUACUAGGAAAUCUAUUAUCUCUUUUUUUAACGAAAUGUCCAGUCUGAAGCACUUAUGUGUUUGUUUUAGAUAUGGGAUCCAUAUAUAUAUAUAUAUAUAUAUAUAUAUAUUUAUAUAUAUACUUGUUUAUAUACUGUAUUCAUCAAUUUUCUUUCUAAUUAAACAUUUUUAUCCAAUCAUCCUGCUAAUUGUAAAUUUUUUUUUAUAAACAUCAUUUAGUUGUAUAACAUUGUUAUUGUUUGUGAUAAACAGUUUAAAAGUAAUAAUAUGAAUACAUAAUAUAAAAUAAUAAACAUAAAACAUGAAUUUGUAUUCUUAAAUCUUCAUACCAUCUCCUGCUGCAAGACUUUCUUGACUUAUUUCCUUCGUUUUAUAAUUAACCCUUAGCCAUUCAGUAGGAUUUUCCGUUGAUGCUUCUUCCGGAGCAAUUUGUAAGAGGAGUGUAUCGACAGGUUUGUCGUAAGUAAAAUAAUAGACAAACUAGAGAAAGAAGGGAGCACUAAUGAAUUUUUUUUUGGUUCAGCGAUAAGGAAACACCAACCUUGUU